GUACCAUUCCUAUUUUGCUUUCGGUUACACCUAGUUUCACACAAAAUUGGCACAUUGCCUAAGGCUACCAUACAGGUGUAAAAUUCAUUGAUUCCUACUAAAAAUUUCUAAAUUUCCAAUGGAGCUUGUGUCGACGUGAUUUUUUUCCAGCCAAAUUCUGGUCCAAAAUGGCUGGCUGGGGUCGAGAGAUUGUCACUUUGCAGUGUGGUCAUUACUCCAACUUUGUUGGUACCCACAUCUGGAAUAUUCAGGAAUCCACGUUUCUGUAUGAUGAGAACCCGGCGGCCGUUGUGUCCAAGGAAAUCAACCAUGACGUGCUGUACAGGGAAGGCCGGACCAUGACGGGUGCUGUGACCUACACCCCCAGACUUGUGACCCUUGACCUUAAAGGUAGCCUGAACACGUUAAAAGCUGAGGGAGUGCUGUAUGACUAUCAAACAAAGGAAGAUAUCAAGUGGGAGGGAGAUGUUACCCUUCAUGAAGAAAAAGCACCACCGAAAAACGAAUUCCUCUCCGAUCUUGAUGCGCAGGAUAUGCUGUUGGAUGACACCCAGCAAAGACCAAAGAAAACAGACGACCAGUCGACCCCCGAGACAGACACCAUGGAGGUGCAGGGUCCGCCCCCGGAAGGUCAAAGUUCACCAGGUCAGCCCAUGACGGCCAAACCGGCCAAGGUGUACCGUCUGGAUGAGAGCAUUGACGUGUGGUCGGACUUCCUACAUGGGCAUCUGCACCCUAAGACUGUCACAGUGAUCAAGGAGCAUGCCCAUGGCAGUGAGAUUGACCCUUUUGGGCUCUUCACCAAAGGACGUAGUCUCCUGACCAAGAAGGACGUUGCAGAAGACAUCGAAAACAGACUGCAUUUCUUUGUCGAAGAAUGCGAUCACCUCCAGGGGUUUCAGGUGUUAGUGGACUUCUAUGAUGGUUUUGGUGGUCUGGGAUCCAGCCUCGUGGAGAGCCUAGCUGAUGAGUACAGAGGCAAGGGUAUCAUGGCCAUUGGAGUGGCACCAGCAGUUUUUACAACCAAUACCCACACAGCGGACAACCACCGUUUGAUCAACUCGGUCCUGGCCUUCCAGCGACUGAGCGAGCAGAGUUCCAUCCUCCUGCCCCUGUCUCUUGCCUCCUCACUCUGGAGGAAAGUAGGCAUGCCAGCCAAGUUCCAGAAUGUCCACUACAAGCCUUCUCUUGCCUACCACACCAGUGCAAUCCUAGCCAGUAGCCUGGACACAGCCACCUUGCCCUACAGAGUAGCCGAUGAUCCCAUCUCACUCUCCGUCCUGACUGAGGCCCUGGCAAACCUGGGCAGGAAGGUUUCAAUGCUGUCGACGUCAUUUCCUCUACCGUUCCCCGACCACGGUUACCUAGCCGGCGUGUUGGGCAGCUACACCCAGAACCCACCCUGGACAACUCUGAUGCCCCACACCCGCAAAGGCGCCAACGUCCAACCAUUUGCCCAGUCGGUGGUUCUGCGGGGCGUGCCCAUGGACAGGAUAUACACACCCGGUAGACAACCCCAGAAUGCACUUGAAUCGUGCCGCUCAGUCAACGAGAUGCUGAAAUGCUACCUGACAGGAAUGUACACAAGAACUCUGAGCUCGGGACUUUGUGUCAACCAGCCGUUGAAGACCGCUGCCCCGUUCCCUCACAUCUUUGACCCUCGGAUGAGCAGAGAGGGUUUCCUCCAGGACUGGCAACGCAGGGAGGAGGAAGUGGUGGAGAGCCUGCCUAUGAUGACAUCGCUCCAGACCUCCCCGUCCGCUCAAGAGAUGCUCUCCCACCUGGUCAAGGAGGCCGGCAAGCUGGACAUCCGCAAAUGCCACGGCUUCCUGGAAGAUGGUCUGGAACAGGACGAGUACAGUGAGGCCCUCAGCAGCCUGGAGGGCUUGGCUCACUGCUACGAGCAGUGUGCUUAAAGCUCUACGUGUACGGCAUUGGGAGUUCAGGUACCAGACUUGUGAGACCUUUUCCAGAACUGGGAGAGUUUUCCCGACCUUAAUUGGCUACUUCUUCAUCUAUGGUUUUUGUCUCUGGAUCCAGAAUAACUUUUGUAGCUCUUAAUGUCAAAAUCACAUCGAAGUACUCUUCCUUCUUUUCUGAUAGAAUUAUAAACAGCGUCAAAAUUUCAAAACGUAUUUUAUUGAAAAUAUAGUUUAUUUCUAACAGGGUUGAACAGUUUGGCUGUUACUUGCAACUGGGAUACGAAUCAGUCACGUUAGUGGUUAAACCC